AUGGAUACAGUGAAGCAAACCUCAGAUGCCAAAACUCAGCAAUAUACCCAUCAUCAAUUAAAACGAACAGAAGGAAGUGGCAAGCAACAAAAAUGUCCCUCCCAGACAAAUUCGCCUCUAUACCCCGCCAACCCCGCAUCACUACCAACAACAACAACAAAGUAUCAAUCUAAAUCUACGCAAAGCGAGAGGAUCUCAACUCCGCCCUCGCCUACGGCGGCAACAAAACCCGUAAACUUGAAUAUCUCGUCGCCGACGCCGUCGACCAGCGCUGCGAUACCCUCGUCAGCAUCGGCGGUCCAAAGCAACCAUACCCGGCAGGUAGCCGCGGCAGCUGCGCACGUGGGUCUACGCACCCGGAGCACUGGGUCGACUGGGAGUACCCGGGCUAUGAGACGUCCGGUUUCGGCAUCAAGCAUAAGUCCACCGCGAUGGGGUUGGUGGAGGAGUGUAGAGACCGUUAUUGUGUGUGCGGUGACGGGGUCGACGGUGGCGGGGAUGGUUGCCGGGUUUAAGUUGAUUGAGAAGCUGUAUCCGGAGGAGGAGGCGAAGAAGGGCGCGCAUGGCGGGAAGAGGAGGAAGGUGGUUGGCAUCGACGCUUCAGCGAAGCCGGCGGAGACGCGCGCGCAGGUUCUGCGCAUUGCGAAGGAUACGGCUGAGAAGAUUGGGUUGGGUGCUGAACAGAUUACCGAGGAGGAUAUUGUUCUUGACGAGCGGUAUCAUGCGGGGGUGUAUGGCAUUCCGGAUAAGCAGACUUGGGAUAUGGUGAGGCGGGGGAAGAUUAGCAGUGGCCAGCGCCAGCUCGUGGUGUAUAACCCAAGAUGGUGA